AUGUCUCAACCUGCUUAUAACCAUUUGCCUGAAAAGCUUAAAAACCAUUAUAUUAUUCAAAGACACGGCUUUUCUUUGGCCAAUAAUGAUGGUUUGAUUUGCUCCAAUCCUGAUAUUGCUAUUCCACCUACUGGCGGUCCAUUAAAUACGGGUUAUGGUUUGCACGAAAAGGGCAAAGUUCAAGUGAAAGAGGUAAGUUGGAAGAUGGCAAUGUCAGUUGCUCAAGAUAUCAUUCGUCUAUAG